AUGCCCGGAACUGAGACCAUAAUACCUGCCCGUCGUCGUGCAUACACGAGAUCAAGGACGGGAUGCCGCACCUGCCGUGCGCGCCGCAUCCGUUGCGACGAAUUGCCUGGUGCCUGCAAGAACUGCACGUCCACCGGUCGGAAAUGCGACUAUGAUCUCCAUCGACUCCCCUGGGGGCGCCAAACCACCUUGCCCCAGGUCGUCUGCGUCCAGCGCCAUGGAUGGGUCCUGACGUCGGACGAGCAACGAUGCUUUUCGUACUUCCAGCACCGCACAGUCUCCAGUGUUGCGGACCUGUUCGACUCCCCACUCUGGGAAAGCCAUAUUCUGCGCCUGAGCUUCACGGAACCGGCCGUUUGCCAUGCGGUGAACAUGCUGAGUGCGAUCCAGCAAGCCGCGGAGACCAAUGGAAUGCGACUCACUGGGGCACAGGCCGAUGAUGAUCAUUUGAAGUUCGCGCUGGAGCAGUCGGUGCGGGCAUCAGCCUUGCUGCGACGCCGGCAGGGAUCCAACGACCCGCAGCUGAUCCACACCGUUCUAAUCUGCUGCCUGUUGUUUGUGAUCGGAGAGCAUAUGCGGAGCAACUUCAACACUACUAUUGUGCACGUGAAACACGGGGUGCGAAUUAUGAGAGAGGCACAGGCCCGGGGACAGAGAUUCGAUCCGGCCCUUGUUGAUUAUUUUCAUCACCUGGAUAUGGAGGCCGAUCUUUAUUGGCGAACUGUGCACCAGGACGAUACCAAACGCGAAGAGCCGGACUGGGUGACGAAGGGUUAUCCCAUUGUUAUCCAAAGCGUUGCCGAUGCCCGAGUAGCGUUCAUGAAGAUCAGCAAUCACUCAAUUGGCUUUAUUGGCCACGCCUGGCAAACGCCAAAAGCCAGAAUCCUUGCUGAAUAUGGCGCGUUCUGGCUUGCUCGCCAGCGGAUUCUCGUACGGUACCAGCAGUUCACUCGGGCCCUGGAUUCCUUCUAUCAAACCCGCGCGCAUGUGCUGACGAGCAGAGAACAACGCGCCGUCACUGUGUUGCGGCACCUGGAGGUAGUCCAGACAAUCUCAUUGAAACUCACGCUACAUGACGGCAGCGAUGCCAGUGACCAGGCCCGGAUUAUAACGGAUUUCACGACUUUACUAACGAGCAGUCUCGCUAUAAUAAGCGCCCUCGCCCGCAGCACAACGACCGUUAUCAUAGAGCCGCUGGUCCUCGGUGGUCUGCACAUCGUGGCUACCCAGUGUCCGGACUUCACAUUGCGGGUUCAAGCCCUUGACGCCAUGCACUCCUGGCCCCACAGUGAGGGGCUGGUUAACUCGGAGGUCUGGGCCGCGCUUGCGACCGAGGCGCUGAGGGCGGACCUUUUGCAGCGAAUAGCCCAAGACGGGGAGAACCGGACUGGCGUAGCGUAUCCGAUGGAGACAGAUCAGUUUCUCGUGGAGGUCUUGAGAUCGAGUCACACUGCGAAGGACUGGGCGCCUGUUCGUGCUAAGGAUUUGGACAUUGGCGACCUGGUAUCACCGUCAGAGUCAGAAUCUCGUGGUGAUAGUUCUGGAGUGGCGGGUCACUCCGGAGGCGACGAGGUAUGUGCGGGCGAACUGUGUCGGCAGCUUGUAUGA